CACCGUGAGACCCCUCCCACUAACUUCAGCCCCUCCCAGCUCCACCGCCCUCACCUCACCACCACCCACUCACAGCGCCUCGUCAUCACUAACCACGCCCCCCAGCAGCAGCAACACCGCCAUGCUCCAGCCCAAGCUCCUUCCCCCCAGCUCCAGCGCCUCCCGCUCCCAGAGACCCGGGACCCUGCGACAGAGUACCUCCAACACGACAACAGCAGUACUUUCCUCUUCCUCUUCCUCCUGUUCUUCCUCCUCUUCCUGGCUGCCCUGGUCUACAACUGUUACAUGCAGUACCUACCGGGGCCGUGUCUUCGUCUUCGUGCGGCUCUGCUGGGAAGCCAGAAGAAGCCCCAACCUGACUAUUUAGCCUGCGAGGCCGGCCUCAUGGAGCCAGUCACAGUAGACAAGCUGGACGUAAAGGAUCAGAUCCGCCUGACUCAGAACGGGGUACAGCUCCGAGCCCUGAGGGACACCGGCUAUGAGACCGAGCCAGAGUGUAGCAACGGCAAGGUCCCCUCUCGCAGCUACGGGGGAGAAGACAGUCCUUCUAAAGAGAAGCCCUUUGACGUGGACUGUGACUCUCAGCCUAUUGAAUAUGCAGACGCAGAUCAAGAAGCAUCACCGUACUAAAAGAUGCACAUCUCAGCUUCUCUUUUUACUAGUGCAAGAAAUAUUAAGGCUUGUUAUUUAUAGGGGUCUUCUCCCUCGCUGGCUCUCUCCACAUAGUGGGCCUAUACAUACAAACCUGUGUGUUAUACAUAAGCUCAGUGGCCACCUCUCUUUCAGAAGGACAGACGGAGGCAGAUUACUUCAGUUAUUAGGAGGUCAAGUCACACAUCCCGCUUGCCUUCAGAGAUUCUCUUACUCACUCUGGCUACCCCAAGACCAAUCAAAUGUAGGGCCUACUAACUAAAUAUUAAAAUCAUAGCCUAAUCUAAACCUGUAACCAUCUCGCUCUGCAUUUUUCCAGCAAGAAACGCUGAUUUUUAUUCCAAAUUGGAAACAUUGUUUACCAAAUUGGUAAGUUAACUUGUUUUCCAAAUUGGAGCCUUUUUUUAGUUAUUUUUUUGUACAAUGCUGGGAGCUUCUUCUUCUAAGGCUGUUAAAACAUAACUUGGGAACUUCUUUUUCUAAGGUUGUUAAAACAUAACUUGGGAACUUCUUCUUCUAAGGCUGUUAAAACAUAACUUGGGAACUUCUUCUUCUAAGGCUGUUAAAACAUAACUUGGGAACUUCUUCUUCUAAGGCUGUUAAAACAUAACUUGGGAACUUCUUCUUCUAAGGUUGUUAAAACAUAACUUGGGAACUUCUUCUUCUAAGGUUGUUAAAACAUAACUUGGGAACUUCUUCUAAGGUUGUUAAAACAUAACUUGUUUGUUGUAUUUUUCUGAAUAUUCAGUGAAUAAGGCUAUUUGACGUAGUAGGUCAGCUGCUUUCCAUCUCAACUUAUAGGACGAUCUCCUCUAGAACCUAUAGUACCAUCUUCUCUAGGACCAUCUCCUCUAGAACCUAUAGUACCAUCUCCUCUAGGACGAUCUCUAGAACCUAUAGUACCAUCUCCUCUAGAACCUAUAGUACCAUCUCCUCUAGAACCUAUAGUACCAUCUCCUCUAGAACCUAUAGUACCAUCUCCUCUAGAACCUAUAGUACCAUCUCCUCUAGAAUCUAUAGUACCAUCUCCUCUAGAAUCUAUAGUACCAUCUCCUCUAGAACCUCUAGGACGAUCUGUAAAUUCUCAGGGACGUUUUGUUAGUUCGCUCUAUGCCUUGUUCUCUGGUGGUGGUUAGAAAAAGCUGUCGAUAAACAGACAACCACUGCCAGUGACUGACUGACGGAAAAGAUGUGGUAUGACUGAUAUGAGAUCUAUAGAUAUUUAUACAAUGGGUGGGUCUAAUCCUGGACGCUGAUUGAUUAAAACUGCAUUCCAACCGGUGUCUAUUCCACAAGUUACCACCGGCUAAAGCUAUAACGUUGAAUUGCCUAUUUACUCAGUUCAAUCCACUGUUUCAUCAGCCCAGCCACUAUAAAAAGCAUCUCGACAUAAUCUACCAUUUCUUUAAGACUAGCAAUUGGUUUUCAGUAGUCUGUCUCUGACAUUUGCAGCACUGUUUCAGUAUUGAAAUUCGAUCUUCAGCUGUCCCAUAGUAAUGAAUGAGACGGGCAGGCAGCUUUUCUCAGCCAGUCAAAAUCAUGAAUCAGCGUCAUUUUUAUGGAUUGUAUACAAAGAAAUGUAAAUAGAAAACAGAACUAAAUGAAGUGCAGCUAAUUUGCAGUCUUUCCAACAUCAGUUUGAAGUGAUUGUGUUAGCUGUGUUGUUGACUAGCUCCUCAGUGUCCUGACGAGAGAGCACAUUUCUAUGCCAGGUGAAAUCGUGCCUCAUUAGCUCAUUUUUAUGGAUGUAUCCGGAUGUAUACAAAUAAAUGUCACUAGAAAACAGCUUAAGCAAAUGCAGCUACUUUGUUGUUAUUCUGGCUGCACUCUUUGACGUGACUAAGUUAGCCAGCCAGCUAGCUAGCUAGCAAAGGAUAAAAACGUUGCCAGCCAAUAGACCAUUUACAACGAACGACUGGGUCGCGUCUCUGGCAACCGAACCAAUAGAACAAACGACCAGCCGGCUUGGAUAGCAACCCUAGAUUUGUGUCGGGACUAUAUUUUGUGGAAGGAUGAAAUGGUAUGAAUAAAUUCAUCAAAAUAAUGUUUUUAAUUAAAAUAUGUAAAUCAUUAUUUGAAUGUGUUGGUAACCCGUUGUAUAAAAGUGAUAAUGCCCUCAAGCCGGGGUUCGGAGGAUAUAUUGGCAGUUUUCGACUUCGUCUCGGGCCUAACAACACCCGUGCCAAUAUAUCCUCCGAAAACCGGUUUGAGGGCAUUAUCACUUAAAUCUAGUCUCAUUCCUUACAUGUUUGACAAGGACAAUUUUAAAGAUUAAGCCUAUGAGGCAUCAUCAGCUGUUUUUAUGAAAGGAGGACUUGGUUUUGGUAAUCAUCCCGUUUUAUGAAAAGAGGACUUGGUUUUGGUAAUCAUCCCGUUUUAUGAAAAGAGGACUUGGUUUUGGUAAUCAUCCCGUUUUAUGAAAAGAGGACUUGGUUUUGGUAAUCAUCCCGUUUUAUGAAAAGAGGACGUGGUUUUGGUAAUCAUCCCGUUUUAUGAAAAGAGGACGUGGUUUUGGUAAUCAUCCCGUUUUAUGAAAAGAGGACUUGGUUUUGGUAAUCAUCCCGUUUUAUGAAAAGAGGACUUGGUUUUGGUAAUCAUCCCGUUUUAUGAAAAGAGGACUUGGUUUUGGUAAUCAUCCCGUUUUAUGAAAAGAGGACUUGGUUUUGGUAAUCAUCCCGUUUUAUGAAAAGAGGACUUGGUUUUGGUAAUCACCUGUUUUAUGAAAAGAGGACGUGGUUUUGGUAAUCACCUGUUUCAUGAAAGGAGGACGUGGUUUUGGUAAUCCUGUUUUAAUACGGCGACAGAAGAAAGCAAAAUGCUGAAAUGAGUGAACGUGACUCACUAGAUGACGACGACGGGAAAUGCUGGACACUCAAACCACUGCUGUCUGAAGAGCACAGACCUCUCCCGAGCUACACGGCUCUAUUCUAACUCUGUCUCUCGUCAUCUCCUGUGAAUCCAAUGGUACGAAGACACGUGAACUAUGGGGGUCAUAGUUACUAGACAUGAGCUUCCUCCAUUAUUAACCUGUGUUGGUUAGUUUUCCCCACUGGUCAUGUCAGUAUGUACAGUUUGAGUCCAGAUUAAGUUUCUCUAAUGUUAGAAGCUUUGUAAAAUGAAAAGGUGAAAUAUUAUAAAGCAUUUCUGUUUUCUUUGUCCUUAGAACAUUGGCACUGGAAGUAAUCAGAUGUUUUUUUAUUGAAUGAAGCUUUAAGUUUUACUCUUUUAAAGAUGAUUAUUUAGUAAUAACUGUCCGACUUGUAUGUUCUCAUUUUAUUUGAGUGUAGUAACGUUGUUUUUUCAUUUCUAUGGAUGUAUUGGUUCACAAAGCCUCUUUAAUAGUUAGACCUAUAGCCUCCCCUCCUGUCUGUCUGGUUCACACAUUUCUCUUACUGCCUGGCUGUUGUCCUUAGAGAACUCUCCUUUCUCUCCUUCGGCUCUCCCCACCUCCUCCC